AUGGAGAACGAAAGUGCGGAGAGUGAGCCACUAGGCUUGAACCAGAAGACCGUAGCCUACGGUUCCCGUUUUGAGAACACGGGUGGAUCCACUCGGUUAACUAAGGGAGAAAUCGGGGAUUCUCACCCAAAGACUGGCACGGAACGCGCCAAGAGUGUAACUGAAACUAGUGUGCCGUAG